AUGAAUAAAUCAAUAAUUGUUGUAUUUUGUUUGGUAUUGUUAUCAAUCAAUGCCGUAGUUUCUAGAGAUAUAGUAUAUGAUUCAACCAUAACUGGUUGUUUACUUGACCUUAAUGUUGAUUCAUGUAAGAGAACCAAUCCAAACUUUGUUGUUUGUCCAUCGAUUGCUGAAUGUAUAGGAAAAUUCCAAACCAUGCCAACUUCUGAAGCAUAUAUUGUUGAAAUUCCAGCCGGAAACUAUGGACCACAAUACUGUGCUGGUGAUUUCCAAGAUUUCAAUAUUACUGGUGAGAUUAUAUUCACCUCUGCUACACCAGAUGAAUAUGCCAGUUUCAAUUGUGGAAAUAAUCCAUUCAUUUCAAUCCAGAUUGAUUACUCAUUGACUGGAUCUUUCAAAUUUGUCUUUGACAAUUUAAAUUUGACUGGUUACAAUGAUUUCUUUGGUGGUUGUAUCAGUAUCAGAUCUUCACAAACACUGCAGGACGCCUCUGUUUAUUUGUACAAUGUAACAACAGGUCCAGCUGGAUGUCGUUCUUUGGCAGAUGGUGGAUUGCUCUACACUACAUUCCCAACUGUUUUCAUUGAGAACUCGACUAUCUCCAACUGUGUCGCAGGUUCCGGUGGUGUCGUCUCUGCAGACAAUGCCAAUCUCUACAUCUACAGCUCCAACUUUACAAACAACAACGCCACUGGAUAUUUCGGUGGUGUCGCAUCUGCUUUGCAAGUGACAACACUCAACUCCAACUACUAUUCGAAUGGCGCUAUCUCUGGUGGUGCGCUCUACGGCAUUAACACCGCCUACAUUCAGAACUGCUCAUUCACCAAGAACACUGCUGAACUCUCUGGUAUGGGUGGUGCUGUCUACGCAUCGCAAACCACCGUUGUAUUUAGAUCAAAUUUCACCUCGAACAGUGCUGGUUUAGCAGGUGCACUCUACACUCAGAAGCUGAGUGUAUUCUAUUCGAAUUUCUUUGGAAAUCAAGCAUUUGGUUCGCUUUCAUCGGGUGAUGCCGGUGCGGUCUACGCUACCGACGACGUCUUCAUUGAAAGUUGUCACUUUGACAGUAACUUUGCCAAUAGCAACGGUGGUGCUCUCAAUGUUUUGACUAGCAGUUUGAGUGUACACAACUCAUCCUUCACCUUCAAUACUUGCGGACAAUCCGGUGGUGCUGUCUACAUCAGCAAUCGUGCUGCCGCUUCAAACUUGAAGCUUGUCGAUAAUGUUUUCUUGUAUAACCAUGCUGAUUUACAAGGAGGUGCAAUUGCAAGCAUUCCAUCAUAUUCAAGCUCAAUCAACUUUGAUUUGACAUAUUCAAAGUUUACUGGUAAUGCUGCUCAAUUGGCUGGUGGUUUCUACUUCCCAUACCCACCAAACACUAUUGUUGGUGGUGUUUUCUUCCAAUCCAAGAGUACCCAACCAGGAUCGAUGACAUUUGCAGUAAACUCAAUAAAAUACAUCAAUGUUGCAAAUAUUACAAAUGAUCUACCAUAUUACAAUAUCCCUACUUUUGAUGAAGUAGGUUUCUCAUAUUGGAAAGGAUAUAAUAUCAAUGGUAAAUGUGUAAAUGGUAUUGCAAAUAUCGAUGAAAAUGGAAAUUUGAUAAAGUGUGUUUGCUUCCCAUCAUUCACUGGUCCAAGUUGCGAAAACUAA